UAUGGAAACUGAAUGGUUUCGUAAUGGGGCUAAUGUGGAAGGUUCCACCCACAAACAUGUUGUUGAUCUGAUAAAAUCUGGAGGAGAUGUUUUGACAUUAACAGUUAUAUCAGUUCCAAGACAAGUUGCCGAACGUCUAGAACCGUCGGAUGAAUCGUCCGGACCUUCAACAGUUGAUUAUUCGGAUAAGCGGUCGUUGCCUAUAACUAUACCAGACUAUGAGACACUACGUGAUUCGGACAGUCGGUUUAUUGUGUAUCAUAUACACAUGGCAGGACGUCAUCUAUGUUCAAGGAGAUAUAGAGAAUUUUCUAACAUUCACAAUAUUCUAAAAAGAGAAUUCCCCGAUUUUCAAUUUCCAAAAUUUCCUGGCAAAUGGCCUUUUACAAUGUCUGAACAACAAUUGGAUGCUAGGCGGAGAGGUUUAGAACAAUAUUUAGAAAAAGUAUGCUCAGUUAGGGUAAUUGCGGAUAGUGAUGGCAUGCAGGAGUUCCUUGGAACACAGUCAGAAAAUGGAACGAGUGAUAAAAGCGAAGUUCAACUCAAGAUUUUAUUACCCGAUAAAAAUAUUGCAAGUAUAAUUAUAUCAAAAGAUGCCGACGCCAGAAAAGUUCAUUCAUUAGUAACGAAAAAGAUUGGUAUGAAAACCGAAAUCGCGAAACAUUUUGCACUUUUUGAAAUUGUUGACACCAAUUUCGAUCGUAAAAUUAUGGACCAGGAACAACCUCAUAGUAUCUACAUUCAAAACUAUAAUACUGCGGCUCCAUCUUGUAUUGCCCUUAAAAAAUGGCUUUUUAACAUUGAGUUAGAAAAGGAAAUACUAUAUGAAGACCAGCUGGCCCGUUCAUUUGUCUUUCACAACGUUACGGAGGAUAUUUCGAAGGGAAAUAUUAAAGUUAAACCAUCGAAAGUUUCCCAUAUAAAUGUUUUAAAGAAGGCCAAUAGAAUUGACAAAUACUUGCUCGAGGUGGCAUCGUUCGAUAACUACGGUGAAAUUGCAUUUCCUCACUGUUCGUGCGAUUCGAGAAAAGACGGUCACGUGGUUGCCAGAGUGUCGUUUACCGCUUUUAGAUUACAAGCCUGCAAAGAAGAUGGAACUGUAGAGAACCAAGUAAUUGAGUUCAGUUGGAAAGAUAUUUCAAGUUUUGAAUCAGAUUAUAACGGCAGUUCAUUUAACUUUGAAUACGAAAGACCUGGAAAGAAACCGAGAUUAGUUCGGAUAUUUACAAAUUUUCACACCUUUUUGGAAGAAUGUUUUAAGAAAGUCAAAUCAGAAAUAGGGGCCAAGGAGGUCAUCCAAGAAGACUGA